UGUUUUGGCGGAGACCGGAGCCUCGGCCGCCGCCGCCGCCGCCGCCAUGGAGACCGAAGAUACUGGAAAUCGGCUCCGGUUCCAGCUGGAGCUGGAAUUUGUGCAGUGCCUGGCGAACCCCAAUUACCUCAACUUUCUUGCCCAGAGGGGAUACUUCAAAGACAAAGCAUUUGUAAACUACCUAAAAUACUUGCUCUACUGGAAGGAACCAGAAUAUGCGAAAUACUUAAAGUACCCUCAGUGUCUGCACAUGCUAGAGCUGCUGCAGUACGAACACUUCCGCAAGGAGCUGGUGAACGCCCAGUGCGCCAAGUUCAUUGACGAGCAGCAGGUCCUCCACUGGCAGCACUACUCCCGCAAACGGAUGCGCCUCCAGCAGGCCCUGGCCGAGCAGCAGCCGCAGCAGCAGAACAGCACUUCGGUCAAGUGAGCCCUGCGCUGCCCCCCCGAGGCACCUCUUGCGUGGGCGGAAGGGCGCUGGGGCCUGGCCCCAGGACAGGGCGGCCCUGCCGAAGCCGCUGCGCUGGGGGAAGGCUGCCUGUGGAAGCCUGGCAACUUCCGUUUGGUGCCUUUGGGUUUUCCAGAGACUACAGAAACGGCCCCUGUCAUGCGUAAGAUGAAAUUGCGCGAGGUUCUUGUCCCCUCCCGAGUGGAAGGGAGUAGCUGUGUUUCCCUAGAGACUCUAGCAGUGCGGUUGUUGGGGAGAUCUAUUGGAGUCUGUCGUGAAACAGGGGAGGCGAGGUGGUUUUCCUUAUUGGGUGAGGAUGGCAAGUGGAGACCCGAAGCUGGCAGAAUGUCCCCGCUUCGCAUUAAGUCCUUCGGAAAGAGCCGGUGGGGUGCCUCCUUCCCCUCCUCCUCCAAAAGACGCUCUCACAUCUAGAAGCGAUUUGACUAGAAGAGCACAAGCAAGCCCUGCUGUGUUUGCCUGCCAGAUUGCGAGUUGGAAGAAGCCGCGAGCGUAACACAGGACCACUUCUUGCAGGGCCGGACAAAGACCCCUCUCUCCUUGUGGAAAGUUAGGCAAGUUCUACAUUUUAAGGUGGGAGAAUUGUUUCCUCCUCUUUCAGUUCAGCGGGUGGUGCUAAUUUUAGGGAAACCGGCUUCCUCCAAGGCAGGCACUGCCAUGUGCAGUUAGCUGAACAACGUACUUGCUCUUUGCGCACUCCAGAGGGAUCUUGCCAUUCCUGCUGAUUUGUUAAGAGGCCCCAGACUGAAUACGCAGUUUAAAGCCCCCACCUAUUAAGUCUCUCUUCCUAUUAAGGAGCGUUAUUUUUUGUGCAUUUAAGGUGUGCUCUGUUCCACGUCCUCCUCAAACCCGACACCCCUUUCCUGCAGUUUUGGGCUUAGUCUCCCCUUCUGAACUUGAAGCGUAACUGCAUUUGUUCUUGGUCAUUUGCCCUUCUUCCUGUUGCCUGUCUUUGAUUGUAAGCUCUUUGAGGGCAAGGAUUUGCCUUUGCUUAUAAAACUCUGUAAAGCACCAUUUAAGUUAUAUAAAUAGUAAUAAAAAUAAUCUUUGCUUCAGUUCAAUCUAAAA